AUGGCAGAGGUGGAGGAAACUCUCAAGAGGCUUCAGAGCCAGAAAGGAGUGCAAGGCAUUAUCGUGGUGAACACAGAAGGCAUUCCCAUCAAGAGCACAAUGGACAAUCCCACCACUACACAGUAUGCCAACCUCAUGCACAACUUCAUCUUAAAGGUGCAGAGCACCGUGCAUGAGAUUGGCCCCCAGAAUGACCCAAACUUACUUCGAAUUCACUCUAAGAAAAGUGAAAUUAUGGUGGCAUCAAAUAAAGACUAUUUCCUGAUUGUGAUUCACACUCCAACGAAAUAA